AUUGCUGCAUGUAUGCCAUGUACGACGAUGCGUUUACGAGGUGAACACUAUUGGAACUAUCUUCAUCUCCAUUAGAUCUGCUAGAUAAGUGUAUCAAACCGUUAUUUGCAGCAUAAUUAUGUCGUGUCCGUGUCACAGACACGGUUCGUAGAUUCUGUUGUGACAGUGAGAUGCUCGAGCUUGUUACCUCGGUCGAUCGUCGUUCCCUAGCUGUGACUGUUCGCGAGCUUCUGCUUCUGUCAUUUAAAUACAAUGUCCUCCAAGAAUAUGUCAUCCUCUUCUAAGAUCUGUUCCUUCUGCAAUUUGGCCGAGGAUAAUGAGCUGGAAUAUGGAAAAAUCUACGAGCACAAUGGGAUUGUCACCCACUAUUAUUGUUUGCUCUUGUCCUCGAACAUGGAGCAGAAAGGAAAUGAUAACGAAGGCAUCCUUGGAUUUCUUACUGAAGAUAUACAAAAGGAACUUCGCAGGGGAAAGAGAUUGGUAUGCUCAUACUGCAGAAAGCAAGGUGCUACUUUAGGUUGUUGUAACAUAAGAUGCAAACGGAUCUUUCAUUUUCCUUGUGGCAUGAAAGCUGGUUCUCUGCAUCAGUUUUUCGGUGAAUUUAGAUCGUACUGCAUAAACCAUAGGCCAAAACAAAAGAUUGAUAAACAGGUUCUAAAGCAGGCUGCCUCAGUAGAUGUAUUAUGUUAUAUUUGUUAUGAUAAAGUUAACACUAAUGACUUUGUGAAAACGUUAUGGGCUCCCUGCUGUAAAAAAGAUGCAUGGUUUCAUCGCACUUGUGUUCAGCAACUUGCGUUGAGUGCAGGAUAUUUUUUCAAGUGUCCCUUAUGUAACAAUAAAAAAGACUUUCAAAAAGCUAUGUUAGAAUACGGAAUUUUUGUGCCAAGUCAAGAUGCUUCAUGGGAAUUGGUACCAAAUGCAUUUGAAGAGCUUUUGUAUAGGCAUGAUCAGUGCGAUGCACCGAAAUGUCUUUGUCCAAAGGGAAGGAAGUAUACAAGUAAUAACGCUAAAUGGGAAUUGGCUCUAUGUCGUACUUGCGGUUCGCAAGGUAUCCAUAUGUCUUGCGGGCAGUUGAAGUGGGCUAAUCCGGUGUGGGAAUGCGAAGAAUGUACAUCCAUAUUAAGUAAUGAUCGUGUAAGACUAGGCAACAGUUCUGCAAUAGGCAGUACUAGUCAGAAUAGGGAUUCUGAUUCAGAUUUAAAUUCAGACUCAGAUUCAGAUUUGGAUAGUGAUACAGAUAUCUCUGUGGGAACUGACUUCCCUAUACCGUGCGCCUUAACCGAUUCAUCUUCCACCUCUUCCUUGGAGUCUAUUCUGGAUAGCAUUAAUUUACGACCUGGACCACGUUCUUUUAAGUUACAACAGCAAAUGAUCAAGCUAGGCCAAUGGUUGGACUUAACAAAUACCGUGCUUGAAAAGAAUAUAGCUGCUAUUGAAACUAGUACGAAGAAUGAAUCAUUGUCAAAAUAUGAAUCCUUAUCAAAAAAUGACGAUGAGAAGGAAGAGCCAUCGACAAGUAAAGAAAGUAAGGAAAGUAAAGAAAGUAAGAAAAGUAAGGAAAGUAAGGAAAGUAAGGAAAGUAAGGAAAGUAAAGAAAAUAUUCUUCAGCGAGGAAGUAAGAAAGGUGGCUCCCAGAAAGAAAAACAGUUGUUCAGCAAAAAUGAUGAAAAAUUGCAGCCGAUUCAGAAGAAGACGAAUGUUAUCAUAAUUGAAAGCGAUGAUGAUGAUGUGGAGCUUAUUACAUUAACACAAAAAACGAAUCUUUCACCUGUACACAUAAAGCAACCUACACAAGCAGUUCGUGGCAGUUCGUGUCUUCCUAGCACAUCAACAUCGAAAAAGUUAGAUGCAACAGCGGCAUCUAAGAGCCAAAGUGUAGCGACAAUUGAUUUAUUAGAAAAAGAUCAUAUUGAUUUACCAAAACUUAUUGCAUCAGAGAGAGAAGCUUCGAAGAAAAACGAAUUUACCAUCUCCAAGGACGAUGUAGUUACAUCACAAGAAUCUACGUUAGGUCUAGUUACUUCAAACAAUGUGAAAACAGACACGGAAGAAACAAGCGAAUCAUCAUUUAUGAAUAUCAAAAUUACUAAUGUUGUUUCUCUGCCACGUGAAGUGUUCGAAAGCGUACCUGAUAUAUGUGACAUCACACUACAUACGAAUACCACUGAUACCUCGCCUCCUUCUGUAAAUAAAACAUUAGAGCAACUCAUCACUCCUGUCUCGUCGAAGCGUAGCAUGCACGAAGCGAGUAACAUUAAUAACAAUUGCAAGAAGAUCAAAAGAAAUAGUUUCGAUGAAAGAUCGUACGAAACGUGUUCUCGAGCCAGUGUUAUAGUACCUUAUAGAAAUGAGACAAAUAAUAUUCAAAAUGAUGCAAAAAAUAGUAUAAAUAAUACAGAUAGGCAACAAAGUGAAAGAAUAUCUGCAAACAAGUUCAAUCCACUGUUAAGUAAUAAUCAACCAAAUAAUUUAUCUUCACAACACAAUUAUAUACAAAUUCAUAAGGCGAAUGAUGUACAACAUAUGAAUCAAAUUUUAUCAAAUUUGGAAGGAAACGGUGUACGUGUUAAUCUAAACCAGAGGAACGAAAACCGUGUCACACAAGCAAAUACGACAGAAUUUGUGACUUUCACCAAGAAUAAUUCAGUUUUAUUGCCAAUUGGUAGUUAUUAUCUACAACAAAUACCUAACCAAAAUUUUACGGCAAUUAAUCAAAAUGUUGGAAGAAAUGAAACAAACUUGUAUGCUAUACCAUCGAGUAGUGUAAUUCUACCCCGUGUGACAGAUAAUAUCACUGUGCUUAGUAACCCAACUCUGCUUGUAAAUCAACCAGUAAUGACUAAUGUAACUGCGCCUAUUCUGAACGACAAACGAAUAGUAACAGUAAAUCAACAAGAAGCUGCAUCGAAGAAAGAUGUACCUGCUAGUACAUCCAGUAUUGAGAAUAUUUCCACAAACAAGACCUACUGUGACGGGGAUGCAGGCACCAGACCUGUUGAGACUGAAUCUACCAAAUAUAAGAAGGAUGACCCACCAAAUUAUUGCACGCACAGUGUCUUCGACAAACAAACCAUUGCCCCUCAAAGAUCUAUCGCAACCUGCAGCGUCUUCCCACAAAUCACCAACAACCAUACCACAUGUCAUCGACCUGGACUGAUACCGCGUUACGUGAACCUACAGGACUUGAAAUUUCGAGUUUGCGCAUCGAACAAUAUUCAAAUGACUUUAUACGAUACGUUCUCUGUAAAUAUCUCAAUGAAAAACCUCAAGGAAAGUAAGAGAUUAGCAGGCAUAGCUGCACCGCGGGAGGCAAAAGAAAUAUCUACCAUUGCAUCUCGUGAAGCUUCGUGCAGUUCAGAUUAUAUCGACAAUAUCGCAACUGAGAGACAAUGUUCCGACAAGCUUUUUCGCUCUUUGAAGAAUGAAAAUCUUUUAAUUAAUGACAAAACGUACAUAGUGCAUAGUCGAGAUGAUGCUAAAGAGAAUUUAAAUCCAAUCAGAUCUACAGUACUCUCUCUACCACAUAAUAAUACAUUAGAUAAUGUAAAUUCAACAAGUAAUGUUGAUAGCGCAAUGAACAACCGUUUUAGAGACGAGAAUGACAGUGAGACAUGUCUCGUUUCAAGUGAUACUAAUGUAAGUGUAUUAAAUCGAAAAAUUUGCAAUACGAAUGUAGAUAGUGUUGUGGAUAGUGUAUCGCUUAUUUCGAACAAUUGCAACCAAGAUUCACGAGUUGGUUUAGAAACUGUACAGCAACAUAAAGCGUCCAUGCAUAAUGUAAUUUCUGUGCAUACAGAAGAAAGGUCCAGGGCUCAACUAUUUUUCAAGGAAACUAAUAGAAUAAUACACAGUGUUGAUUUUGAUUUAAAUGUUGUUAAUAUGAAUAAAAACAUGGAGAAAAUAUCGCAAAAUGAUAUCACUAUUCUGAGUCAACAUACUGAUAGCGAUAAAAUUGAUAAUGAUCAUACAGACGAUUCUCCGACAUCACAGAACAGUUUAAAAAAUUUAAAUAGUACGAACGUCAGUUCGAAGAUUAAUAACUGGAACGUCACGCGUGUCUCAAAUACUACAAAGUUUAAUGAACAUAGUAUUCUAAAUAAACAGAUCGAUGCUUGCAAUUCUAAAAAGUUCAUUCAAUGCAUAGCGUUUCAAGAAAAUACUGUACGUCAUAAUGGUGAGACUAGGACCAAAAAUAAGGAAUUUUGUCUCAAAGUUAGUAUAGAUUUGUGUAAGAUACAAAAUCUAAUCGAUUCUAAACCGGAAUUAUUCAAAAAUCGAAAGCACAACGCUAAUGAUCAAUGGCAUACGCAUACAAAUCGAUUACCUGACUUAGAUAACUAUGUUUGACGAUAGAUAAGAUACUGUGAUAUUGAAAAUAGAAAUAGGAUGCUUUCCAGCAAAAGACACAGAUGAUACAGUGUAACACAGUAACAUUACACCCUUGUUGUUUGCCAAUGUUAAACGAAAAUGACACGAUCAACUGUAUCAUACUGUGUCGCUUGUUGAAAGCACCAAUAGUAAUUACCCGCUUAAAAAUAGGGAAUUACAGAACACAAAUUACGCGUACAUUGAGCGGAUGCAAUAAAAUGUUAUCCCCGAAAUGCAAAUACGUAUCCUAAAAUAUCAAGUCUCAAAUCAGGGAGUUAAACAUUUCAAUAAAAAUAUCUCAGAGUUAACGUGGAGAAUAUUCUGUAUGAUAAAAAAUAUGGACACUAUAAAUA